GUGGAACCGCUGAUUGCUGCAGCUAUAAAAGCGGCUGCUUGUGUAAAGUCAAUUCACAGAAACAUUUCGUUGGUCAAACGUGACAAAUGCUUGAAGCAGCGACUACAGAAAAACACAUCAAAUAACAAUAUUAUAGAGCCAGCUCUAUAGUAAUACCUGUGAUAUUAGUACCAGUAGCAGACUAAAGUACUUAACAACAAUUUCAACACAAUGACGGCGGCGAAUAAAGUGAAUUAUUUGGUUGGAGCCACAUCGCGGUUUAUAGCCGGACGCAAUGCUGUCCAGACUGUUUACUGGCGCACCUCGUCGGGACCCAAUCCUCGCAUGCUGAAGACGAAAAGGACCUGUGAGUUCGAUAGGAAUCAGCAGGCGCCGCAGAGUGUGCGCAUGCAGAAUUAUAAUCGCACCUUCAUCAACAAGGAGUAGCUGCCACAGCUGCCACACCAACAAACCCCUAUAUAGUUCCUAUCUAUACGUAUCUUUUAGUGUGUAUUUAUUGUAUCCGACGAAGUCACCUCCACAGGCAGCGAAAUAAAUGACGAGUCUGUAGUUUUUAGUGCAAACAAAGUAAA